AUGCCCAUGUCUCAAGGGCCCCCCGGCAUGCCUCCUCAACAAUCACAGCAGCAGCAACAGCAGCGUAACUAUGUGCAGCAGAUGCGACAACAAAUGAUGGCCAGUCAGGGCAUUAUGUUUGAUGGCAAACGUAUGCGAAAGGCAGUGCACAGAAAGACUGUGGAUUAUAAUUCUGCUGUUGUAAAAUAUCUUGAAAAUCGACUUUAUCAGCGUGAUCACCGUGAUUUCCGAGCCAUCCAACCAGACUGCCUUUAUCAGGAAGGGCUUGUGCCUCCAUUAAGUUUCCUGCACAAUCCAAUGAAUUGUGUUGUGACAAAAUUUGUUCGAACAUCAACCAAUAAAUUUAGGUGUCCUAUAUUUGUUUUAACGUGGACACCUGAAGGUAGACGACUUGUGACUGGUGCCUCAAGUGGAGAAUUUACUCUAUGGAAUGGGCUUACAUUUAAUUUUGAAACUAUUCUUCAGGCCCACGACACAUCGGUUCGAGCAAUGAUGUGGAGUCACAGUGACACUUGGAUGGUUACAGCAGAUCAUUCAGGUUAUAUCAAAUACUGGCAAUCUAACAUGAACAAUGUUAAGAUGUUUCAGGGACAUAAGGAACCAGUCCGAGGCAUCAGCUUUUGCCCUACAGAUGUUAAAUUUACAACAUGUUCUGAUGAUGGCACCGUCCGAAUCUGGGAUUUCCAGAGAUGUCAUGAGGAAAAAAUCUUAAGAGGUCAUGGUGCUGAUGUGAAGUGUGUGGACUGGCAUCCACAAAAAGCUUUAAUUGCUUCCGGCAGCAAAGAUAACCAACAACCAAUCAAACUCUGGGAUCCCAAAUCUGGCCAAUCACUUGCUACAAUCCAUGCUCAUAAAAGUACUGUGAUGGAAUUAAAAUGGAAUCGAAAUGGCAACUGGCUGUUAACUGCUUCCAGGGACCACUUGCUCAAGUUAUUUGAUAUCCGAAAUAUGAAGGAAGAAAUGCAGACAUUUCGUGGGCAUAAAAAAGAAGCUACUGCUGCAGCAUGGCAUCCUAUUCAUGAAGGUUUGUUUUGCAGUGGUGGCUCUGAUGGUACUAUCAUGUUUUGGCAAGUUGGAACAGACAAAGAAGUUGGUGGCAUGGAAGAAGCUCAUGAAGGCAUGGUCUGGAGUCUGGCAUGGCAUCCCAUGGGCCACAUUUUGGCUUCAGGAUCAAAUGAUCAUACAACAAAAUUUUGGACUAGAAACAGACCUGGAGAUAAGAUGAGAGACAGAUACAAUCUGAACACUCUUCCUCUGGGAAUGGACCAAGAUAUGGCAGACUGUGAUUAUGAACAAGUGACAGCUCAUCUUCCUGGAAUGGGAUUAGAACAAAUUCCGGAAAAAGAAAACAAAAUUAAAGAAGUGACCAGUGGCAGUGGCAGUGAUAAUGAACUUCCAUGCAUCCCUGGUUUGGACUGGGCAGCUGAUGAACAGUAUCUUAAGCAACAAAAUGAGCAGAGAAUCCCUCGCAAAAGGGUGCCUUAUGCACGGCCAGUCCCCAAGAACUUUGAACAAGCUUGGCUUGGGCAAAAGCCAGCUGGAGUGGCCACCACAGAGGCUAAUCAACAGAAAUCUGCCCAAAAAGAUGGAACAGUUACUGCAACAGUAAUAUCAAUGGCUACCCAACCCCGGGAAGGAGUACCUCCACCAAAUCCUCCACCAGCUGGUACACCAGUAACAGCUAAUCAGCAAAUGGUAUCAGCAGCAGCCCAACAACCAGGAAUAAAGCCUCCUAACCAAGGCAACUUGCCACCUGGUAUGCCCCCACCACCACAGAUUCCAACUGCUCCGAUGGGCAUGAAUGCUCCUUUGCCUCCACCUCCUCCAAUGGGUGGACAAGUAUUGCAACCUAUGCCACAGGGCAUGCAACCCCCAGCAAUGAUGGGACCAGCUGGAAAUAUGCCUCCAAAUAUGGGAGCUCUGCCACAAGGGUCUCGUCCACCAAUGCACCCUCCAAUGGGUCAAGUCUCUGGAAACUUGUUACAUCCACUCAAUAUGGUUGAACAUCAAGCAAUACAAGGUCUUCGAGGUCCAAACAUGCAGCAACCUCCUCCUCCUCCACAUGGACAAGGACCUAUGAUGCCUCCCAAUCAAAUGCCUAUGGUUCGACAAGGACCACCAGGAAUGCCUGUUCGACCUGGAGUGAAUGAUCCUAAUGGCCCACCACCAAAUCAGCAAGGACUUCCACCAGGACAAUUUAUGCCUCCACCAGAGGGUAGUGAUAAUCGUCCUCCUAGCAACAAUGGUGACAUGCCAAAUCAGAACUUUGAAAUGAAUUCCAGAGAUCAUGAUUACCGUCAAAUGAAUCACAAUCCAAAUGAUGUAGGGGGAGGUGGCGGCAUGCCCUUUAGAGGUAGUGCACGUGGUCAUCGAGGAGACAUGAACAUGCCCUGUGGUGGUGGGAAUGGAAAUGGUGGUCAACGAUUCAACACAAAUGACCGCCCAUCCAACCAGUGGCAAGACAGUCCAGACAGGCCCCCACCUGGUGACAACGAACAGUAUGAAUCUCCUGCCGAUGAAUAUCAUGAUAUUGAUGAACGAAUGGAUCGGAAUCGAGGUUUUCCUCCACGCGGUUGCGGUCGAGGUGGUUAUGGACCACCUCAAAUGGGUAAUCCUCAACAGUCUGAUGACUUUGAUCACAGAGGAAGAGGUAAUGACCCUGGGCAUGACCAGGGAAUGGACUCACAGAACUCACGAAAGCGCCACUGGGAUGAGGGUCAAAUGAAUGCCCCACCCAGUCAUCAACAAAACCAGGGAAUGUCUGACCCUCGAGACAAUAAGUACAGCCGGCAAGACCCUGGUGCCGAAUUUGCUGCAGGCCGUAACUUUAAUCAGGACUUCAAUUCUGGACCACGAGGUGGUGGUGGUUUCCGGGGUGGACGUGGUGGACGUGGUGGACGUGGAGAUAGAGGUGGUAGGGGACCCUUCCGAGGUGGACGAGGGGGUAGGGGCAGGUAA